UUUAUUUUAAAUGCUUGUUUUUUUUUUAAGCAGAACGUGAUGUUGUGAUGACGACUAAAUCAAAAUAAAAGGGGUAAUCGAGUUUCCCAGUAAUUGGGCUCUGGCCUGAAGUUGGUUUUUCCCAGAAAAACUAUAUACCUGAGCUAUUCGCUAUCCUUUUGUUUUGCAUUUCUGUGCAAAAUCAUUGCAUAUUUAGAGGAGCACUGUUCAAAAAAUGUGUAUUUUGUUUCUAGGAAGUUAUUUAGUAACCGGAUUCCACCUUUACAAAUUGUAAUUACCCAGUCCGUCAGCACGGAAUUCACACAAACUUCAAAAGCGAAAUGGGGUUCAUCUGUGGCCAGGGAAAACUGUAUCGGGUUUCAUGGGCAGGCAACGGCUCGGACAAUAAGAAACCUGGCCGGGAAACUCAGUUUUUCAAUUGUGAAAUACUGUACCCCGAGGAGGAUUGUGCACAGGUGAGUUAAUUAACUUAAGACCAGUGGCGGUUGGCUCAAAGGAUAUGCCGGAAACAUGCCCGUCACCUGAAGCAAUGAUUGAGGGCAAUCAAUCACUUAAGCAGCACUGCAAGCCUGGGGUUCCACCGAAGUGGACGCUAAUUUAUGCGGAACCCCAUCUUCUGCGCCAGAGCGUCAACGUCUACCUGUUAGAAAGUCUACUGCCUUUGUAUUGUAAACAAAGGAAAAAGCACGUGCAGGGAUCGCAAGUGCGCAUGCGCCACACUUAACAGACGGUUAACAGCAAGCUAACAGAGGUCCUGCUUCGGAAGUCCCUUUUAUAGACGCUGCAUGCGGUUUCUGGGUUCAGUGCUGUGUUAGCGUUCGUGCGGUCGGUCCAGCCUUCAAGGCCAAGCAACUGGUCAAUUAAUAUCCGUCAGUCGAUUUGUGGCAACAAGUGUCCUCCGAGGAUGUGCGUGAGAAGCUCACUGUGCAGUGUGAUUUUAAUUUACCUCGUCGCUUUGCUCGGAGUGCCGGUUGUCGUGGUGCUGGCCCAGAACGGCGCGAAUAUAUCGCAGGAGGCGACUGAGGCCAGCGAGGACUGCGGCAGCACGCAGAAAAUGGUGGACGAGUGCUUUAAGGAUCUGCCGCCGCACCUCAUGGAAUUCCUGCAGAACACGAAAAUCGUCAUCAGCAAAAAGGAGAUCACCGCCAAGUGCAACAUAUUCAACCGCGGCAUGAGGUGCUUCGAUACUUAUUCAAAGCGUUGCCUUGACGACCGCAAGCUGGGAACGUUCAAGAAUAAUGUGGAGGGAGCUCGGAAAUUUUUCUACAAAUUCUGCGGCGACGCCGACUUCCAGCGGGACUACCUGCGGCACAAGGACUGCUUUCAGUACAUCCAAAUGGACUGGGUGACCUGCACGGAGGAGUUCGAGAGCAUCCUUAGCGACGAGGUGCACGACGAGAGGCGCAACGCCAGCGAGAAGUUCCUCGAGUUCUGCUGUGCCCGCUACGCGUACGAGAACUGCAUCUACAACAGCGCCCGCUACAAGUGCUACAAGAACUCGGCGGAGUUCGCCCGCGAGACGGCCAAAAUGCUGUCGGACGAGAAGCACUUUCGCAAUUGCGCCGCCCUCCAGAACAUCUGCAUCCACAACGACGCCGGGGGACUGGCCAGGCAGCACGGGAUGGGGUUCCGGCUGGCGGUGACGAUGACGCUGCUCCUGAUGCUGCUGGUGGUGCGGAAUUGGCCGUAAAUCGAAGUGCGGCCAAUGCAGAACGGCGCUUGUUGGCCAUGUGAUGCGGAGCUGCGGCUUCUGCGGCUGGUGGCUUUCGCUCGGGUUUCGGUUCUUUUCUUUCGGUUGUAGUUGUCCCAUCAAGAAUGCCAAGCAUUUCAACUCCCCUAGUCACCCAUCGGAAGGAUGAACUCUCUCUAUCUAUGUGUCUGUGAAUUUGCCGGUGUCGUUUCGGGGCGAGGUUGCUGGGCGGGCGGGUUACAGGGUCGGAUAGCGGCACUGGUUCUCUGUUUUCGUACGUUAAGCUAAACUAAAUGCAUAUUUCAAAUAAAUGAAUAUUCACGUUGUACUCGCCUGGUGGUUUUUCUGGUAAAGGUCAAUCGAAAGCAGUGACAAUGUGCCCACCUGCACUGGCAACGCCUUCUCUUCAUCCUGAGAGCUUUCUAUUUAGGGGUCCUUAAACCGCAGCUGUAGCGCAAUAAGAAAGUUCCGCCGGAACCGCAGAAACAAUGGCACAGAAGGGAAAUACCGGAGUUUUAAUUUUGAAUCCAGCACCUGCUGUGAGAAUAAAUUGAAUUCUUAUAUAAAUUUCAAAUCGAAAUUCCUAGGGAAUUGGCUUUGCAUAAUCCAAGGAUGAGCGGAAAUAUGAAAAUUAAAACAAAUAUUUUAUCAAGAAGAGUAUCUUUUCUGGCUUUUCCUGUAUCUUAAGCUUGUAUAUAUAUCAAAGCCAAGUGGCAACAAAAUGGUUUUAUGUACAUACACAAAUCACAUGCUUGUUUUUACAAUGUCUAGUUACAAUAUCCCAUCGCCUGGCAACUCAACUUCUAUUCAGCUUGUCUUAGCUGCUCAGAUGUUGGGCUCAGUUGUUAAAAGUUUCCUAGCAAUAUGAUAAGAAAAUCGAAAUUUGAAGAAUACUUUACAGAUGCGAGGAAAAUGUAGUGCACUUUAACUUACGUUGUCCAUCUCUGCUUGAGUUUUUAUUUGCCAUAGAGAAGUAACGUUGUUUUUAUUAAAUUAAAUAAUAUAGACAAUAUGUGAUGACCGUAUAUAGCUUAUAUAUAACCAUUUGGGACUCCAAUUUAAAUUAAUAAAAACGCGAGAUGGGAAAUACUCGAAACAAUUUUAAUAUCCGCUGUGUAGUCCUCAAAGCAUAUUUUGCAAAGUGCCAACAUAAAGUUUGCAAGCUCAAGAGUGUGUCGUGUUGGCAAUAAAAGUGGUUCCUGGUCCAAGUUAAUUUUGCCCACGCGCUUAGUUUUAACCUCCAGCGUGGAAAUUGAACACUAAUGGCUUUCUUACACCCCGCUCACCCAUUUACCUGUUCCGUCCUGGGAAACUCGAUGACUGCAUCGCGGUAGCAAAUUUUGCAUCUGACUUGUGGUGUUUCGCUGCAAGCGAGCAAUUCGAAAAGUGGUGAAAAAGCGGACAACCAUUUUGAUUAGGUGGAAACAUAAAGUUUUUCCGGCGACCCAACUUCUAAUAAUUCCUCUUUAACGUUUAUGCAACCUUGUAGAUUUAUAUUGCAAGACUAAAGAAAAACUAAAUUUCUGCGGUUUUGCCAAGUUGUCAUCUGCAUGCGAGUGCAACAAAAACGUCAAGAAUAAGUGAAAAGCGGGAUAAAUGGAAGUUGUGUAGUGAAUAAGAAAAAA